UAUAUUUCAGUCACUCCAUACCCCAAACAAAUCAAUGUUCAUUUUGUUAUUUAAAUCAACAACAAAAAUCGUAAGAUCCACAAGAAAGUUUUGUUCAAUACAAUUUGUACCGAAUUCAUACAAAAUACUUCAAGCUCAGCCUUAAAUCUAAAAAAAUUAUGGCCUCCACAGCCGAACCAGUGACGGUGGUCAAGCGGAGCUCAGUCUCACCACCGCCGUCGUCCUCCACCGCAGAAAUGUCACUUCCCCUAACAUUCAUCGAUAUGUUUUGGUUGUAUUUCUUGCCCAUUGAACGACUCGUGUUUUACGAAAUCCCCAACCUUUCCAGAGCCCAUUUCGUCGAACACAUUGUUCCGAAACUCGAACUUUCUCUCUCGAUCGCCCUGGAAAAGUUUCUACCUCUAGCAGGUAAUCUCAUAAUUCCUUCGGGUUCGGGUUCAAAUUCUGAUUCGACUCCGAGACUGCCCGAAAUUCGUUACCUUCAAGGAGAUUCAGUGGCGUUAACCAUUUCCGAGUGUAACGAGGUUGAUUAUUUCAGUUACUUAACAGCAACAGCAGAUGAGGCCAGAAAAUGUCUUCCAUAUCGAUCUUUAGUUCCAGCGCUGUUUAAUCCAACUCGCUAUGACGCUGAUUCCGAUUCGGGUUCGGAUAAAAUCAUUCCGGUUCUUGGCAUUCAGGUGACUCUGUUUCCGAAUUCCGGCAUUUCCAUCGGAAUUUCGAACCAUCACGCUGUCGGAGAUGCCAGUACUAUUUUUCAAUUCAUGAAGACAUGGGCUAAUUUGAGCUUUCAAGUUCUCCAGGAAGACAGAGACUCUGUUUCUGCAAAAACACUUGGAAGUGAAAAUCUACCAUUUUAUGAUCGGACUGUAGUCAAAGACCCGAAAGGGAUUGCCUCAAUUUUCUUGCAAAAAUGGAAUGCCAUAAUCGAAUUUAUGAAAAAGGGUGAUGGGUUUCCAGUAUUUGAAUUCAUGAACAAAAUCAACGUCAAUGUCCGGAAAACAUUUGUCAUCACCCGGAAGGACAUCGACAAACUCAAGAGCUUAGCCGCGAAAAACGGCGAAAAGGUACUUCAUCUAUCAUCAUUCACGGUUACCGCCGCGUACGUUUGGACAUGUCUUGUGAAAUCUCGGGCUCCAAGCGGAGAAGAGAUCGGUGCAAAAGACUCGGAACUAUUCGCCUUUCCGGCCGAGUGCCGGGGACGAAUGAAUCCACCGUUGCCGGAAAAUUAUUUUGGAAAUUUUAUAACACCCAGUAUGAUAGAAACAGAGCACGGGAAACUGGCCGGAGGAGGAGGGUUCCAAACUGCGGUGAAACUGAUCGGGAAAGCCAUUCAUGAAAGGCUGGAAAACAGUGAAACGUUAUUCCUUGGAGCUGAACGUUGGAUGGAUGAAUUGCAUGAGGAGAAAUGGGCUAGGAAUGUUGGAGUGGCAGGCUCCCCGAAGUUCAGUUAUUACAAUUUGGACUUUGGUUGGGGAAAGGCCGUGAAAUUUGAGUUUGUUUCGAUUGAUCUUACGGGUGCUAUUUCUCUCCAUGGUUGCAGAGAUCCUGAUGGAGUUCUGGAAGUUGGUCUCUCAAUUCCCAAGCCCAAAAUGGAUGCUUUCACUACCAUUUUCAGAGAUGGGCUCAAUUCUUUGUAAACUUUUCACUCUCUUCCUCAACUACUACUUCUUGAGUUGCGACGGGUGAAAUGAUUUUUCUUUUUUCUUUUUUUUUUUAUUUUUUUUAAUAUAUUGAUUCUGAAUCUGCCAUGAUAUGAAACAAUUUUAAAUCUUUGGUGUUACUGUUUAAAUUUUUGAGAUGUCUACCUUUCAUAAUAUAUCAAGAAAGUUGCAAAGGUUAUUUACAC